CCUCCGGGAUAACAAAGCAGCAGCACCCCAAUGCAGCCCAGGCGUCCAUCCGGCGCAGGAGGAGAGAAGCUGCGGUAAAGACAGCGCGCGGAGGCCGGAGAGGCGACUUUAACAGCCGUGUACUCAGUGGACUCCUCCCCCUGCUGCAGCCUCAAUCACUCCCCGACAGAAAACGUUCAGAGCCGGGAGCAUGUCUGCGGACGUGGCGGUGUCUCUGUCGGUGCUGGUGGGGGUCGUGGCUCUGAGCGAAGUGACCCGCAGGUUGUGUAGCAGAGCUCUCACGGACACCGGACUCAGUGUGUACGCCGUGGAGCUCGUUUCUACCUUCCAGCUUUGCUGCUGCACCCACGAGCUCAAACUGCUGUCAGAGGUGGGCGGGAUCGAGCCUCGCCUCGCGCUCACCUUCACCUACCUGGCUGCUGUGGUCCACGGGCUCACCUUCAACGGGGCCAUAGGAAACCCCUCCGGUGCGCUCGAGCACGCGUACCACGCAAAGCUCUCGUGCGGAUCCGCACUGCGGAGAAUCGCGUGCCAGUUCGCUGCUGCCGCUGCUGCACGAGCAGCGGUGCCGAUGAUCUGGGGUAUGGGUUUGUCAGGGCUGCACGUGAGGCACAAGCUCCUCGGGUUCCGGUGCAUCAGCCCCAUUCACGCGCCCCUGCUCACAGCAGCCACGGUGGAGCUCGGCUGUGCCUUUGCGGUUCAGAGUGCUAUCACGCGCACGAGAUCCGUGGAGGAGAAAUACCGCGUGCACGCUGUAGCUGCAGUCAUUGCCACAGUGGUUUAUGCAGGAGGUGGUAUGACAGGAGCCGUGUUUAACCCCGCGUUGGCCUUCUCCACACAGUUCCCCUGCAGUGGGAACUCCUUCCUGGAGUACUGCCUCGUCUACUGGGUUGGCCCCCUGCUGGGAAUGAUGAGCUCAGUCCUGCUGUUUGAUAAAAUCGUCCCAGUGAUGUCUGGGAAAUCAUCGUCUCUGCAUCUUCCCCUAGACUCAAAGAAGAAGACCUGAAAAUCACAGCACAGAUUUCAUACGGAGCACAACAUGAGCAGCACAUGGCAGACAGCCGAUCUCAGAUAGUACGAGUUAGAACCAGACAAACAGCACUAAUAUGCACUUUGAUAGACUUUAUUAUGGAUCAUCCUGAUGACAGGUGAGCUAUAGGAUGGUUUCACCUCACGAGCACAUGUUGGAAGUAAAACGGAAAGCUCAAAAAUUAAUUGAUGUUUAGUUUCUUUUAAACUAUACUUGUGAGGAAGGUGUCUGGAUAUAAACAAGUAACAAUUUUACUCUACGAGGUGAUUUGUUGUAAAUCAAAAGCAUAAAGGAGUUUCUUUCCAGUCAUUCAAGUAUCAGAUAUUUCAACAUUUUUAAAAAUCUCCUCUUAAAACCUUUACACAUUCAAAUGCAAAUAUUACAACAGUUAGUUUUGACCAUCUCAAGAUUAUGACUCAAACUUAUGAUUUUGACUUUUCAUUUUUUACUUUGACCUUUUCAACUCAUAAUUUGGACUUUAUAUGUCACAUUUUUAUCUUUUAG